AUGGAUAAGGCUCACUAUUUGAAUAAAAACAAAAUGAGCAAAGAUGAUAGCAGUAACGAUUUAGAUAAUUCUGAUUACCAAUCGAACAAUGAAGAUGAUACAAGUGAUCUUGAAGAUUUACCAGAAUUUGAAAGAGAGCUAAUAUUAGCAAAGAGGCAUGAAGAAUAUAUGAUAAAAAAACAUAGGCGAAUUUUACUAAAAAAUAUAAGUAUUGAUGCCAAUGCAGAGGAGGCUUUUAGUAAUGCCAAUGAUGACCGUAAUAACAAUAAUGAGCAUAAUGACAACAAUAACAAUGAUAACAAUAAUAACAAUAGUACCAAUAAUAACAAUAGUACCAAUAAUAACAAUAGUACCAAUAAUAACAAUAGUACCAAUAAUAACAAUAGUACCAAUAAUAACAAUGGUACUGCCUUAAAUAGAAAGGGGACUGCAAAUAACAAAGCAUUACAUUUGAAAAAUAAAAAAAAAAUUACUGCAGCCAUAGACAAAGCGGAGGAAGCAGACGCAGCAAAUAUAAAAGCGGUAGAUGCUAGUAAAAAACAAAACAGAACAAUUACAGAUACAGCUGCAGGUACAACUGCAACUACAGCAGUAACGAAAGCAACUAAGAGCAGUAGGGCUAGUAAGGGCAGUAAGAAUGACGAGGAAGAGGACGAGAACAAUAUUGGGGGAAGCAACUUAAGAAAAAGUAUGGUCCCUCCCUUAUUUCCUCAAGAUGAAGAGGGGAAAAAAAUAGUAAAGCUAGUAAAGGAUGGUGAAAAAUAUGAUAAAAAUAUGCAUGAAUAUAUAACUAAUAAAAAAGAUAUACAUACAGAGGAGGGAAACAAAGCCGACAGUAAUUACACAUAUGAAUAUUCGUCUGAAUCGCGUUCAGACAUUUCUUAUCACCAAGAGAAAAAUAAAAAAAAGAAAAAAAUGACAAAAGAUUCAGUUAUAGAUGAAAAUAAAAGUACGAAAAUUAAUAAUAAUUAUUAUGUAGAUAAUACAAUAUCUUCUUAUGAUAAAAAAAAAUAUUCUUUAGAAACAAGCAGAAAUGACCAUAUGUUAGAGGAGAGUAAAAGCAAGAAUAAAUGGAAAGAUGAAAAAUAUGAUAAAAAUGAAAAGAGUGUAAAAAAUGACAAAAAACGCACUAAGUUUCUUUUCAGUGACAAUGGAGAAGAUUUAACUAAAAGGAAGAAACAUGUACAAAGAAGAGAAUCAGUUGAGAACAGAAAAAGUUCAGGUAUUGUUAAGACGGUCGACUAUGGCAAAGAUGACGAUGGCCAUGGUGUUCAUAAGGAUGAUGAAAUAAUAAAAAAUCGUGAAAGAAGUGUUCAUCGCAUAGUUUCAAAUGAUCAGAACAAAAAAGUAUAUGAGAAUUCAAAUGAUAUUAUAAACAAUAUAGGAAAGAGUGAUAUAUUUUCAAAAGAACUAGAAACACCUGAACGAUUAAUACAUAUAUACAAAGAAGAAAAAAAAAUUAAAUUAGAUAUUUAUAAAUAUAUGAGUUAUGAAAUUAUAACGUAUUUUCAAUUAAAAAAAACCUUUCUACUUGAUAUGAGUGAACAUAUUAAUUUUGCUUAUUAUGUAAUAGGGCAUAUGAUAAAAAUAGUUGAUAUGUUUGCACUGACAGAAGUUACACACGUUUUAAAAAAUUAUCAUAAUUAUAAAAAUAAUACAAAUCAUCAAGAAAUGAGUAAAGACAAUUCAUUGAAUAAAAAAAAAAAUUUUUUCUUUAUAACAAAUGUUAUUAAAAGUGAAAAAAAUUAUUUUUGCGUUGAUAGAUAUACGAAUAUAAAAUUUGAAAUAGCGCAUUUAGAAAAUUUGGCAGAUUUCCAUUUUUUUAAGAAAAUGAAAAAAUUAAUGAAUCAAAAUAAAAAGGUGUCUAUCAAUGAGUUAAGUACAGAAAAAAGUUAUACAACAUACAUAUGUGACCUUAACAACAUAUCUGAUCAGAAAUUUACAGUUGAUGAAUAUAAUUUUAUAAAAUUAUUUUCCAUAGAUUUGGAAAUUUUAAAAAAUUUCCAUCUUUUUUUGAAAGAAAAAAUUGAAGAUUUGAAAAAUUUUCAUUAUACAGAGAAACAAAUACAAGACUUAGUAGAAAUGAAAAAAAAAAAAAGCUUUCAUGAAAUUUUCACAAAUAAUAAAAAUAUUGAUACCUUACCCAUAUCUCGUAUAACUGUGCAGAGAGAAAUCUGUUCUAUUUUACACGAAAUAGACACAUUAACUUAUGCAAAAAAAAGAAUACAUCCCCAUGAUAAUACCGGAAAUUUGUCCAAAUUGAAUCAUCAAAUUGAGUUAUUAACGAAGAAGAAGGACAUCCUGCGGGAGCAACUGGAAAAAGCGAGAACUAAUAUCUUAUCAGCAAAAAGUCGGGAAUAUUUUGCACAAGAAAAAGAAAAAAAUGUAUUGAAGGAAAAAUCGAUAAAGGCUUAUGUGAACUCAUCACUAACGGACGAAUUUCCUGACAAAUUUGUGAACAAAUUUCUGGGAAUAGAAGAAAAGAGCGUAGCAAAUUUGAUAAAUUACAUAAGUGAAGAGAAAAGGAAUUUUAACAAUUUUAUAACUAGUAAGUUUGUUGAAUUACCUAUUGACGUUCACAACAAAAUUGUGCAUCAUUUUCUUCUUGGAGGAAUUCAAAGUAGUCAGGUUUAUUUUGAUGAAAAUAUAAAUAUAAAUAAGAGAGAGGAUGAACAUGACCUUUUCGGAGUUAAUAUUACCAAACACGUAACCACAUUUGAUGAAGUAAAAAAAAAUUAUAAAUAA